CUAAAGCCCAAAAGAGUAAACAUGGACGGAAAAAUCAAUUUCCGGCGGGUAAUCCCGGUACACCCACACCAUUCAUAUGAUAUUUCAAAGUGUCAAGUAUUCAAGUAAAAGAAAAGCCCGAAACCGCUGUCGACGCAAUCAAGAAGAAGCAAUCAGACAAAACAUAAGCCUGUCUCCCAUUUGAGAUCAGAACCAGCUAUUCUCAUGGCUUCGCUGGAAUCAGAGACCGGCUCCGUAGCUGUACGGACCACCGAAUCUUCCAAUGAAAUCAAAAACAGAGCCACCAAAAAUAGGAACAACAACAACACGAAGACCAAAAACGCUGCGUUUCGUUACCUCCCCAAAUUUCGGUGCUUUAGUCUUAAAUCUGCAACUACUGAAGAGAUGGGGAGUUUCAAUAUGGAGCUGGCCGAGGAGGAUGAUCAAACGGGUCGGAAAAAUAACCCGACCCACCUUGUUAUAAUGGUGAAUGGGCUUGUAGGCAGUGCUGAGGAUUGGAGGUUUGGAGCGACCCAGUUGUUGAAGAGGUAUCCAGAAGAUGUGGUUGUGCAUUGCAGUGAAUGUAACUAUUCAAUGUUGACGUUUGAUGGUGUUGAUGUAAUGGGAGAGAGAUUAGCAGAAGAGGUUAGAGGUGUGGUAAAACGCCACGGGACUGUUCAGAAGAUCUCGUUUGUUGGUCAUUCAUUAGGGGGACUUAUAGCAAGGUAUGCCAUUGGAAGGCUAUACGAACGUGACACCAUGAGGGGACGUUCUCGGGAAAAUGUAGAAUGUAGGGACAAUGGAAUUGAGGAUCAGCAGCGGGAACAGAAAGUGAAAGGCAAAAUUGCUGGACUGGAGCCGGGGAAUUUUAUAACAUCUGCAACGCCGCACUUGGGGACAUGGGGGCAUAAACAGGUUCCAGUGUUUUGUGGCUUUCAAAUGCUUGAAAAAGCAGCAGCUCGUUUUUCGUGGUGUCUAGGUAGAACUGGAAGACAUCUUUUUUUAACUGAUAGGGAUAAAGGAAAACCUCCCCUCUUACUCCAGAUGGUUUAUGAUUCUGAAGAUCUUAAAUUUUUAUCUGCAUUGAAGUCCUUCAGGCGACAUGUUGCCUAUGCAAAUGUUCAUUAUGACCACCUGGUGGGAUGGAGUACGUCUUCUAUACGCCGUAAGAAGGAGCUGCCGAAGCUUAAACAUUUAUCCAAACACGAAAAAUAUCCACAUAUUGUAAAUGAGAUGACAGACACUGCUGGUACUCAAGAAGAAGCGUCUUCAGAGGACGACACCAGUGUUGACUUUGAAGAGGAAAUGAUCAGAGGUUUGACCAAGGUGAGCUGGGAAAGGAUUGAUGUGAGUUUUAGUGGGAGUAGACAAAAGUACCUUGCGCACAGUACCAUUCAGGUGAAAAUUUAUUAUAUACAUUCUGAUGGGGCUGAUGUGAUCCAACACAUGGUGGACAACUUUCAAAUAUGAAAUGGUUGAUGAAUAAAUUUGCUAUCAGUUGAAACCCAGCAAAUCUUCUAUGCCCUACGACAGCCUUUUCUUGGCAAAGAGGGGGGGGGGGGG